GCAUCCAUCCUUAACAUGUUUAUGAAAAUUAUUAGUAUAAUAUUUGAUCAAAGGAAUGAAAAAUCACAAGUAUUGGAAACAGACAGAGAAACUUGGGGGAAUCCCAUCGAGUUUCUCAUGUCAUGUAUAGCGUACUCUGUUGGCCUAGGUAAUGUCUGGAGGUUUCCUUACACUGCAUACAGCAAUGGAGGUGGUGCAUUUGUUAUUACAUAUAUAAUAGUUCUUUUCAUUGUUGGAAAACCGGUGUAUUAUAUGGAAUCAAUACUCGGUCAAUUUACCAGUCAAUCUUGUGUCAAAAUGUGGGCUCUUUCUCCAGCUUUUAAGGGUAUCGGAUAUGGAAUGACAAUAGCAGUAUUUUCAAUACAAACUUACUACUGUGGUUUAAUGUCUCUAAUUUUGUACUACUUAAUAAUGUCCUUUCGAUCAACAUUACCUUGGUCUACAUGUCUCCCAGAAUGGGGUGCAGAGUGUUUCAAUUCAUCAAGCCCCUUAAUUUCAGGUGUUAAUUCUUCAAAAAGUAGCUCUGAACUUUUUUUUUUCAAAGUGGUUAUCAAUGAAAGCGGAAUAGAAAAUGGUCUUGGUAUUCCUUCAUGGCAGUUGGUAUCAUGUCUUCUCUUCAACUGGAUCGUUAUCUUUUUAAUUCUUUUCAAAGGGGUGAAAACUGCUGGAAAAGCUUCAUAUUUCUUAGCUAUUUUCCCUUAUAUUAUGAUGCUGGCGCUAUUCGGAAGGUCUGUGACCCUAGAAGGUGCCAUCGAUGGAAUUAUUUAUUUUCUGCGCCCAGAUUGGAAUAAAAUGACAGAUCCACAAGUUUGGUAUGCUGCCGUUACACAAUCAUUUUUUUCGCUUGGUGUUUGUUUUGGAGGCGUUGUAAUGUAUGCUUCUUACAACAAAUUUGAUCACAAUGUAACGAGGGAUUGCAUGAUCGUUUCAACUCUUGAUCUUUGCACAAGCCUCAUUGCAGGUAGUACUAUUUUUGGAAUUUUAGGUAAUCUGGCUUUUAAACUAGGAACCGAUGAUUUCAAUUCGAUUGUUAGAUCAGGAACGGGAUUAGCAUUCAUUUCUUAUCCCGAAGCUUUGGCACAAUUUUCAGUUGUUCCAUCUUUGUUUUCCGUCUGUUUUUUCUUGAUGUUAUUUACACUAGCUAUUGGUUCAUCUGUUGCUUUCUGUAGUACUGUCAUUAGCGUUAUUAAGGAUCAAUUUCCAAGACUUUCCGAAUGGAAAAUUGUACUAGGAGUUUGUACAUUAGGAUUUGCCAUUGGGAUUAUUUAUUGUACACCGGGUGGACAAUACAUGAUUAAUUUAGUAGACUAUUACGCUGGUACAUUUAUAAUUAUUGUUUUAGCGACUUGUGAAGUUAUUGGUAUUUCAUGGAUAUAUGGAGUCGAUAAUUUUUUGGAUGACGUAGAAUUCAUGACAAAUAAGAGACCCUUUGUAUUUUGGCGCAUAUGUUGGGUUUUCUUAACACCAAUCACACUUUGUACAAUAUUUAUUUAUUUCAUGAUUUCAUUAGAUCCAUUAUCAUACAAUAAUGAAUAUUAUCCAACAUCUGCAUAUGUUGCUGGCUGGAUUUUGGUGGCUUGUGGACUCUUGCCAUUUUUAGUAUUUUUUACUACUAGAAUCAUUCACAGUGAAAAGAAAACAUUCUCUCAUAUUUUCAAACCGGCGGAUAAUUGGGGUCCACGGAAUGCUGAAACUCGUGAGAGAUGGAAAGACUUUAAACUUUUGAAGCAGCAAAAGAGAGCCCUUGAUUUCAAAAAAAAUAAAAUAUCAAGAAUUUUUACAGCAUUAUCUGAAAAAUUUAAUUAAGUUAUAAUUAUACUAAUCAUUAUUAGGUGAUAAAUAAUUUAAAAAAUUAAAUAUAUUUAUAAGUGCAAUUACAUAAAUGUAAAAAGUAUUUUUUUUUAAUAGUAUUCAUUAAUAUCCAUGAAUUUAAGUAGAGUAAAUAAUAUUCCUGAUUAAAAACUCCGUUUAAAUCUGAUUGAAAGUCAAUUGCAAUAAUACAGGAAUUAAUUUUAUAUUAAUAAGAUUGAAUAUUAUUUUAGGUUAAUUAAAAGAUUCAAUUUAAUGUAGUGUCUUUUUUUACCAAUGAAAGACAUUCUUUCUUACCAUUUGAUGCAAAAACUAUUGUAACGGAUUGAGUUACUAGGGCUUUCGAUACGCGUGUGUUGGCAACACCCGCCUAACGGCUCGUAAACCAAUCACCCUGAUCAAAAGAAACGAUUCGAAAUGAUUUGCAAUGUUAAAUGCCCAUAAGAAGAGCGAUUUAAAAGUAUUCAAAGUAUUUAAAAGCAUUGAAAAGUAUUUAAAAUUUUUUUUUCUAAUCGUUUUAAAUCGCUUCUCUCACCCUAGUAGAAAUAAUCGAGUUUUCACUCGAUAUAAACCAGUAGCUGGCCAGUGAUAUCGAGUAAAAACUCGAAAUCGCGCCACCUACAACUAAGUCAUAAACAUUGGUCACACCGACACUGUACCUUUACUAGUGUGUGUGUCUGUUUAUUUUUUUCUGUUAACCUGUACGCGUCGGUGUUUUAAAAAAUAUUAAAAAACAGUGUGAAUGAAUUAAAAUUUGUGUAUGUUAUGUUGAUAUUCCUGACCAAGUACUAACACGCGAAGAGUUUUAUUUAUUUGAAAAAAAUAAUGAUGCUAAAUUGAAUGAAAUAUUAAAUAAUCAAAACCGAAUCAUUCAAUUAUUAGAGUUCGUUAAAGAAACUAAAAUCAAAGAGGAAGUUUCAGUCGUUCCAUUUGCUGAAAAAUACAAUAUAAAAUUUCCUUUUGAAACUGAAGAUGAAUUUGAGAAUUUCGAUCAACGUCUUAUAAUUAAUCCUAAUUCAGAAUGUCGACCUGAUUUUAUUUCUCUUUUGCAUUUUUGGUUUAUUUCUAAUUUAAAUCUGAGUCGACAACUAACUACUAUUUUCAAAAAAAUUUUUACUCAAAAUGUAGCUUCAAAAUAUACUAGUUCUCAAAAAACUGGAGAAAAAACUGUCAUAAAAGAUUAUAAAAUCGUUGAAUGCUUGAAUGAAUUUUGUGAGGUUAAAAAUCUUGGAAGUCCUGCCGAAAUAAUACAAGCUGUCGGAGUAAUUUUAAGUAAUUCAAAAGACUGGGAAGGCAGUAGAAAACCUAAAUAAAUAUUUUUUUAAUUUUCUUCAAUUAAAAAUAAUUACUUUAUUGUCAGAUUUAUUGUUGUUAUUCUAUUAAUCUAAUGAUGUUAUUUAUUUCAUAAUAUAAAUAAAUAUAAAUUAAACGUUUAUGUCAUAUCGUUUAUUUAACAUUAUUUUUAUUUUAUUUGACAAUUUUGGAUAACUUUUGAUAACCUCAAUAUUCAAAAUUGAUAGUUUCACUGAAGCCGCCAUGUUUUGCUCGAUCUCUAGUAAAACUGGCCAGUUACUUGACAGAAACUCGAUAUUACACUGGCCAGUUACUGGUUUAAGUCUAGUUAAACUGGCUAGUUACUGGCUAAAAACUUGAUAUCAUUUCUACUAGGGCAAUAAGGGCACACUUGUUGUCGAAAGUACCUUCCACUCAAUCCGUUAAUAUACUAUUAUUAGAUUUUAUCGAAAAAUAAUAAUUUUUCUCAAUCAUUAUUCGAUUCAAAUUUUUUAAUCAGAUUCAAUGGGACAGUAAUAAUUUUUUUUCUGAUUAACUUUCCAAUUUCCGAUUAACUUCCGAUCGCAUUCAUUUGGAACUUUCCUUUUAAACCCAAUUAAAAUUUUUUUAUCGGAUUCAAUCGGAGUUUUUAAUGAGGGAUCUUCAAUUGAAUUAUUUAUGAGUACACGAAGAAAAAUGCCGCUCAAAAUUAAAUAGUAAUUACAUAAACUAAGAAUUUGCUAUCUCAAAUAAAAAAUUACAAUCCAUAGAAAAAAUUACAAUAAUUAGUAGAAAAUCAAUAUUUUAUUUCAAUUAUGACUAUCUAGAUUGUAAUUUUUAUUUAUCAUAAUAAUUACAAUCUUAAGUAUAGAUAGAUAGAUAAAUAAAUUUAUUUGAUCUUGGAGUCGAGACUCCCUCAAGACCAUUAAUAUUACAUAAUUAAACAAAUAUUAUACAUUGGAUACAGCAACUUUAAUAAUAGCAUAUAAAGUAAGAUUAAAUAAUUAAUGAUAUGAUUUACUGAUUUACUGAUUUACUGAUUUACACUUUCCAUACAAUAAUUUAAACAGGCAUUACGGAAUUCUUCAAAAUUAUUUAACAUAUUAAUAUAAGCUGGUAAGGAAUUCCAGACGCGUAUGCCGUGAACAAGAAAAGAAUUUUCAUACAUACUACAAUUAAAUCUAGGUAAUCGAAAAUAAUCAUCUCUUAAAUCUCCUCUUCGCAACGCAACCGGUAAAAACUCUAAAUUACUUCUAAAUAAUUGCCGAUCGUUCACGGAAAAAGAUAAUCGGUAGCAGUUACCGAUUAUUUCGGUAACAGCUACCGAUUAUUUCUAUGACCCACGUAUGACGACAAAAUAAGGUCAUGUGUUCACUGGGUGGAUAUUAAAAAAUGUUAUCUCAAAUUAAAAAUUAUAUUUUGUGACAGACACUUGAAAUCUACGACAUUUAGCGCCUAUAGCCGGCAGCUAAAAAUAUUAGAUAAGAUACAGCUGGUAAAAAAGAUACCUAAUCGUUCUAAUAGUGACGUCAUCAUCAGAUCAAAAAAUAUUUUUUGGUUACAUGUGCGAUAGCAAACGACCAAAAAAUAUCGAAGUAACUUAACGAGCCAUCUUGUGACAAAAUUUAUCAUCAUUUCAAUUCGUCCACUUACCGGAUUCUCUCUAAUUUUCAACAAAUUCUCAAAACAAUCUUACCAAAUAAAUAAACGCGGAUUUAUAACCUGCCAUUUAUAGGCACUAAAUGUAGUAAAUUUCAAAUAUCUGUCACAAAAACUAAUGUAUUUAUCUAGUACAAUCGAGUCUAAGACGCUCGCACUCGAUAGAUAAACUACUAUUAUACAUUCAAAAUUACUAUCAUUUGUACACGGAAAAAAUUAAAUAAUAGAAAUUACUAUCUAGUUAUGGUAAAAUUUUCUACCAUCAAUCCGAUAGCAGUGAAUAUUAUCUAGAUGAUUCUAUAAAUCAUCUAGAUUGUAACAUUCACCAUAUUUAUAAUAAUUGUUACAAUCCUGUAUGUUAACUAGAGUUAAUUAUUAUUAUUAUUAUUCUAAAUAGUUGUAUUUAUAAUCCACAUGGUAACAGUUACCAUCAGAAAUUAUAAUAAUUACAAGGUUCAAAGAAUACUGAAUGUUAAUAAUGACCAAAUUUUAUUUAUUACUCAGUACUUGGAUGAUCGUUAUUUUGAUAAGCAUACUCAAUCACUCAAAGUUAUUGACAGAAGCUCUCUUGCUCGGAAAUUUUCAUUUAACGCUGAUCUAAACCCUCGCAGAUUUGAAUCACGGUAGAAACACCGUGAAAGUGUAAACACCGUGGAUCCACCGUGGUUACACGGUGGGUUUGUUCCAUUUUACUACCGGGUAUGCACAGUGUAUCCACUGUAAUUACGCGGUGUACCCACCGUGAUUCCACGGUGUACCCACCGUGAUUCCACGGUGGCUUUGUGCUAUUUCACCACCGUGGUUCCACGGUGUAUCCACCAGGUAAUCACAGUGAAAACACCGUGUAUACACGGUGUAUCCACCAGGUAAUCACAGUGAAAACACCGUGUAUACACGGUGGCAAAGCCACCGUGGAAUCACGGUGGAUACACCGCGUAAUCACAGUGGUACAAUGGAACAAACCCACCGUGUUUCCACCGUGAUUCAAAUCUGCGAGGGGACGACUGUAUGGUAACUUAUUCCAACAUUUUAAACAAUAAAAUGUAUAUUACUAAAUUAUGGAUUUAAAUAGAAAAUAUUUGUUUACAAUUUAAAAGUAAUAUUAAAAUAGGGCUAGUACGCCAAUGAAGAGUUUAUAAUAUAAAUAAUUUUAAUACUUGUAUUUUAACUUUUAAAAAAUUGUCAUUUUCUUGUAAAAAUUUUAUAAAUAAAACUUAAGUAUGUUUGUCAUCAUAUUUGUAUUUGAAAAUUUACAAUGUUGCAGCUGUUGCGUAAUCACAACUACAUUCAAAUUUGAAUGUAGUUGCACUUCCGGCAAAUAGAGGCAGCACCUACUGGGGCCUAGUGUCUAGCUAUUCAAACUUGACUAGCGCAGUGCGACGCAUGCGCAUCGAUUUUUCCUGCCUCGUGUUGAGAAGACCGACGCCAUUAUCUAUCUGCUCAAAUAAUUAAAAGACUCAGUUUUAUUAUUUAUUUAAUUAUCAUUAUUCUCAAUUUCUUAAUUAAUUUAAAAGUUAUUUUUCGCUCAGUAGCCUCUGCAAUCAUGCUACCAUGUGUUCAACAAAUAAAUUAGAAUCAGUGUAAUUUAUUAUGAGCUCAUUAAAUUCAAUUUAAUCAAGUGAUCAUUAUUAUUAAAAUUCAAUAACUAAAUUAUUUAUGUAUUCAGUGCUAUUAAAAAUAGUAAUGUACGUGUUCAAUAAUUUACUUCGCUCAGUAACCUCUGACAUCAUGUUACUUAUUAUCAUGACAUUUUUACAAUCAAAUCAGUGUUCAACCAAACAGAUUAAUUACUCCAAUUAUUUAAAUUAAUUACUCGCGCUCAAUUUUACAAUUUGCAUUCAUUUAAUUACGUAUUCAUGAGCUCAGACAAUUAACAGUAUUGACAAAUCAAAUCAACGAUUUAAUUUUGUAACCCAGUGAUAUUUUGUGCU